CAUUCUUUGAACGAUUCAUCUUUUCUUUCUUUGUAACCUCUACAUAUUGGACACAAGAGCUAGCUAGAGCCAUAGAUUGAAGAGUCUAACUCUUCAAUCUAUGCUAGAGCAAAGUAAGCCUUUUCUCCUACUGGUACCCCUAUGGCCAAGUUGUCAGGACCUGAAGGUAAUAGGACCCCUAUAAGAAGCACCUCAAGUACUCCUAUCUCUAAGAUCCCUGUGAGAAGCAUCCCAGGCACUCUGAUCUUGUCUCUGUGAGAAGCACUCUUGAUCCUGGAGACAGGAUCCCUAUGAGGAGCACCCCAGGCACUCUCCAAGAUCCCUGUGAGAAGCACCCCAGGCACUCCUGUCUCUGUGAUAAAGCUGCAACAUGGAAUUGUUUAGUUCAGAGUGUCUCCAACAUGAAGAACAUCAAUGACACUAACAGUCUCAGCUUCUAGCACCCCUUUAUUUGUAUGGUUUGCUCUGUGCCUGCAAGAAUUGCCUGUCACUCAUACUACAGUACUGUUCUGUGUGUCCCAAUAUGUAGAGGUUAUAAAGAAAGAAAAGAUGAAUCGUUCAAAGAUAAAAGGUCGCGAUAAUUAGCUAAUUGCUAAGGUUAAUCGUGUCCUCCCUCCUCUGAUCCAGAGUAGUGCAGUGAGAUAGGUGACACAUAAAUAUAGCUACAUGGGGAUCACUGUGGAGUUGUGGAGAGCUCGCAUUGGACUGUUCAGUGGUGGGAGGGGAUCGCGACCACACAGUAAAGCUCCCUUGACAAAACACCAGCCUCUACACUUUAGUGAUACAGUGGGUACUACUGCAAAAGUGGUUCAAGGAGGAUUGCUUUUAUUGUAUAUUCUCACAUUUCUGAGCUCUCAGGAUAAAAGCAAAUUCCUAAAACGUACAAGGAACGUUGGUCUUCUGGUGAUACUGAUUGCUGUGUUACUCCACUCUCUUUCCCACCUCUUGCUGUUAGCUGGAGACGUUGAGAGCAAUCCUGGGCCUCGAAUGGAUGACACACUAACAGUGGAUGAUUUAAACGAAGCUCACACUAAACUGUACGACUCUCGGAACAGAUGGUUUGAGAUUGGACAAGCUCUACAUGUUGAUGAUGUCAUACUAGAUAGCAUCAGAAAGCGAUAUGCUAAUGAUGACAGCACCUGUCUUCGUGAAAUGCUUGAUCACUGUUUGAAAUCAGGGCCUCCUCUAACCUGGAAGGAGUUACUUAAUACUCAGUAUGCAUAUCUGUCAUUAGGAUCAUCUGCUCAACCAGUGAGUACAGUUCUUCAAGUGCUAUUGGACAAAUAUCAACUCAGUCCUUCUCAAGUCGACUGUCAAAUUCAACAAACGCACAUACCAUAUUUGGCUGCCUUUUUUGAUAAUGUUGGUUUCUAUGUCGAUGUGAUGGAAUUAACCCCUGGUGAACAAACCGAUGUCAAAGGUGCAGAAGCUAAUCAAUUAUCCAUGAUUAAGUGCUUGAAACUCUGGAAAGGAAAGAAUCCUGAACAAGUGACAUUCAUGACCCUUCUGGAGAUGUUGGUAAAGUUAAGGAAGGAAGAGAUUGCCGAUCAAAUCUGUCAGUACUUGAAGGAGGAUAUCAUCACCUCACUUCCAACACAGUCUAGUAUUCAAGGAGCAUCUAACUCACCUGAAGAUUCCAGUGUUUCAAGACGUUAUACCCAAGAAACACCCUCCUCUGCCAAGUGGGAACUAGACUCGCUAGAAAUGGAUAAAGCUUUCUCAAAGUUUGUGCUCCAACUUCAGCAGUCUUUGGAAACUCAAAUUGUUUUGAAGAAGCUGACGUCUUGUUUAAUGGAUGUGAGCUGCUACCAGAAAGUAUUUAAAGGCCCUAACCAGUGUUUGUUUCGAGACAAGCGAGAAGAAUUACGUGCAGCUAGCGAUUUCUACGAUGUAUGGGAUAUUAUCCGAGACUACGUUUCAUAUUUUUCGUAUGGCUUGAUUAAAUAUCUCACUGACCAUCUUGGAAGUAAGGAGGACCAGGAUAACUUAAUAGCUUAUGUGAAAGAAUUUGAAAAAUAUGCUAAACGAAGGAUUCAGUACCCGAAAAAGUUUGGUUCGGGCUACAGAGAAGAUAGCACUAAGAUGAUCGUGAAGCUCGACUCUACUUACGACAAAUGUGAGCUUCUCUACUUGAAACAAUUUGAAGAAAAUCUAGCAAAAAUACUCAAAGUCGAAGCAAAUGCGUUAUUACUUCGUGGAAUUAAUGAAGGCUGCGUUCAACUUGUGUUUGAGGUACCCUCUUUUAUUCCUCCCGACAUCUUCCCACUCACACCCAAUCAAGAAGCAGAAAUAAGAGAUCUUGGGGUAAUCCAAUUGGACUGCGGGGACUAUCAUUUCCAACUACAGGAUGACAAUUCUCACAGUACAGAUAGUGAUGCUGACUCGGACAACGAUGACAAUCAAAGUGCUCAGCCAUCUGUGGAACUUGACAAUGAGUCAAUAGCUGUGAAAUCAAAGAGUUCUCAUUCUGAUUCUGGAUAUAAUACUGUGUUAUCCAAUUGUCUACCUAGCCAAACCUCAUCGACAGUACAUACCGAAUUUGAAAUUGACCUCGACGCAGAUCCACAGUUGAACGACAUAGCUUUACGUGCGACAAGUUUGCUGUCAGGCAUUAACUCCUUCCCAGCAUACAUACACCUUCAUGCCAAAUGGAAUGAAGUACCACCACCAAUCAAGCUUCAUUCAGCCGUAUUUAAUGGAGAAAUAACCCAAGUUCGGUUCCUGAUUGAAGUUCUAUACUGCAACAAUUCUGUUGAGCAAGGUCAAUUUCUACUUCACACUGCAGCAGCUUAUGGACAUCUCAAUAUUGUUAGGUACUUUAUUGAAGACAGAAAAUUCAAUCCGGCAACUGAAUCCACGAACAAAGAAACGCCACUUCAUUUUGCCGCGCUCAAUGGACAUCUACAUAUUGUUACGUACCUUGUCGGCAGUCAACUGGUCGAUCCCACGAGUGUGGACAACAAUCAUUGCUCUCCACUACACAAUGCCUGCAGAAGUGGGAACAUCGAUGUAGUAAAGUACUUGAUGUCUGAGAUUCAACAACACGAACUACUCGAUGUGAAUGAGAAGGCCAUCGAUGGAAAUGCACCUAUCCAUUUUGCUGCUGAAUCUGGUAACCUGGAUUUGAUUCAAUUUCUGCUGAAGGAGCUUAAACUUUCCUUUCAAAUGAUAGCUGAAUGUGACCUGCAAAGCAAAGACAAGAAAGGGAGGUUGCCUUUUCAGAAUGCUGCAAUAUAUGGCCACACUGAAGCGCUAAAGCUGUUAUUGAAAGAACCUGGCAUACAAGUUGACUCGUUGAUGAAGGACGAUUUCACAGCACUACACGUUGCAGCCGGACUAGGAAACUUGGAGUGUGUGCAAAUUCUUCUUCAAAAAGGGGCCAAUCCAGAUGUUCAAAGCUUUGAGAAAUUGACUCCUCUCUGGUUGGCUAGUAGAAACGGGGCCGAAGACAUUGUUAAUCUGUUGAUCUCUGCUGGAGCAAGUGUUCAUCUGUCAAAUACGUUAACUCCUCUUAUGGUUGCUUGUCUUAUGGGCCAUGCUGGAGUUGUAGAGCUACUGAUUGCUGCUAAAGCUGACAUUGAAGGCCAUUCUCUAAAAGAAGAUUCAACGCCUCUUAUGCUGGCUGCUAGUAAAGGACGAUCAAAAUGUGUCGAUGUUCUCAUAAGGAAUGGGGCUCGGGUCAAUGCAAAUACUAUUCGUGGAUUCACAGCUCUAAUAAUCGCUGCUCAAGAAGGUCAUCCUGAAGUUAUGAUACAACUUAUCUCUGCCAAGGCUCAGAUCGAAGCUCGCACUCAGUCUGGCCAUACAGCUCUCCACACGGCUGCUUUCAAAGGACAAUCAGAGUGUGUUAGUGUUCUCCUCAAGAAUGGAGCAUCCCCAAAUUCAACAGACAAGAUUGGGUUCACUACUCUUAUGAUGUCUGCUCGAGAUGGUCAUGUCAAGAUUAUGGAACUGUUAAUUGCUGCAAAGGUUCAUGUCAAUGCACGAGGUGUCAAAAAUGGAACAGCUCUCCAUUUGGCUGCCAUUGGUGGUCAGACGGAGUGCGUCAGUGUUCUCCUAAACAAUGGAGCCAAUCCCAAACUAAAGGAUGAAACUGGAGGCACUGCUCUCAUGGCAGCGGCUCACUUUGGUCACCCCACUGUGGUUGCUUUAUUCAUUGAUGCAAAAGCUCCACUUGAUGCUCAAACACUGAAUGGAUCUACGGCUCUAUAUCAUGCCACAACUGGAGGUCGUACGGAGUGUGUCCGUGUACUCCUCAAGAGUGGAGCUGACGCCAAUAUAGCUGACAAGGAGAGAGCGAGCCCUCUAAUGAUAGCGUCACAACUUGGUCAUCUCGCUAUAGUGAAACUACUGGUUGCUGCCCAAGCUGACGUCAAUGCCCAAAAUAGACCACAAGGAGUAACAGCUUUACACUUAGCAGUUGCCACAGGGCAAACAGAGAUUGUCAGUGUUCUCCUCAAAAAUGGAGCGGAUCCAAAAGUUACGGAUAAGAUGGGAAUAACAGCAAUGGACACAGCAAAAAGGUGUGGUCACUUUCUUAUAUACCAGAUGCUAUUGGUAUACCAAGUAGCUAGUGUGCUGUUCAACAGGAACUAGUGUAUGGAUUAUUAUUGCUAACUAUAUGCACACUCGGCCGGCUUUAGUUGUGACAUGUAUAGACUCUAUAAUUAUACACUCUAUAAUAGCUAGCUAGUUUGUCGAUACUUAUUAUUAUUAUUUUGUCUACAGUGUAUUACUGUAUAUA